GUUAUCUCUGUCAAGAUCAAGCCGAACAGUUAUGCAAUAGCUUUCACCUGAUCGAUCAUUUGGGAUGUGUAGUCAUGCGGUUCAACAUUAGCAGCGCUGAUGUCAAGGAGGAGACUACACCUCCCGGCAGCCACCGCGGCUCGACGCCUCACUAGUUUCACACUGACUGUAGUUCGCUCUAGUUGAAGAUCCGUUCAUGAUUCACUUCAUUAAUAAAUAACUAGUUGGCUGUCAUGGCGGAGUCUGCAGCUUGUCCUGCUUUCCAGCUCGGAGGAGCCCGAUACGACCAGGGUUCAUUCUUUGGACGUUUGAGGCACUUCAUCGCCAUCAUCGACCCGAGCACGCUGUUUGUGUCCGAGAAACAGCUGAAAGAAAGCAUCAAACUUCUGGAUGACUACAAACAUGGCUCCCUUCCUCCUGGAGUCUCUGAUCUUCAGCUGUGGGAAGCCCAGAAGAUCAAGCAGGCCAUCAUUCAUCCUGACACAGGAGAGAAGAUCUUCAUGCCAUUUCGAAUGUCAGGUUAUGUCCCAUUUGGAACACCGAUUGUCAUUGGCCUUCUCCUCCCAAAUCAGACUGUGCUGUCUACCAUUAUAUGGCAGUGGCUGAACCAGAGUCACAAUGCCUGUGUGAAUUAUGCAAACCGCAACGCCACCAAGCCUACGCCCACUUCAAAGUUUCUUCAAGGUUAUGUAGGAGCUGUGAGCAGCGCUGUUUCCAUCGCAGUGGGACUGAACGUCCUGAUCCAGAAGGCCAACAAGCUGAGCCCUGCCACCAGAAUGAUCAUACAGAGAUUAGUCCCGUUCCCCGCUGUAGCGAGUGCUAACAUCUGUAACGUUGGCCUGAUGAGACACAACGAGCUGUCUGAAGGUAUUGACGUGCUGGACAACAAUGGGAACGUGGUAGGAUCCUCCAAAAUUGCUGCAAGACACGCCAUCACGGAGACCGCCUUCACACGUGUGGUCCUCCCCAUGCCCAUCUUUGUGCUGCCCCCCAUCAUCAUGUCAUACCUCGAGAGGCUGCGCUUUCUGCAGUGCAACCGCAGACUGUUGCUGCCCAUCCACAGCGUGGUGUGCCUGGUGACCUUUGGCCUCUCGCUGCCUGUGGCCAUCAGCCUGUUCCCCCAGAUGUCUCAGAUUGAGGUGUCUUGCCUGGAGCCGGAGAUUGCCAUGGCAACAGAUUGCAAGGUCGUGACCUACAACAAGGGUUUAUGAUGGCUGUGGAGGAUCUGUCAGGAGCAGCUGCAGUAAAUCAUCCUGACCUACCCGUAUUAAUGAACCUUUAUUUUCUAAAGAUAAUUCCAGCUUCCUGUCCGACUGUAUAACCCCCCCCCCCAUAGAUAUCAUGAUAUAUGUUCUGAAAGAUUUCAACAUUAUAAUUAUUAUUAUUAUUAUUACACUUUUUAAUUCAAAAAUCAACAUUUUUUAAAUGUAAACUGCAAUAAGUCACUUUUAUUUUGAAGGGGAUUAAAGGAAGCUCAAUACAAACAUGACAAAACAUGACAGAGAGCAGCGACAUCAUCAGCGUGUGUUUGGCGCCCUCUGCUGGACCAUCAUGACACCUCUACUGGUUUCUUGUUCCUCGUGGUCAGGAGGAGCUGCAGGAUGUUUCUCUGGAGCCGGUUGGUACUUCCUGUGGUUAGAAACCUGCAGGCAGACGCUCCCUGUGAGUUUUAUGUAGUGGACGAUAUCUGGAACUCGCUCAGCACAAUUAAAAACAUUUCAGACGCUACUCGCUCACUCGCCGCCCGCUGACAGUGACGUCGCGCUAAACUAAAACGUGCGGCUUAACGACGGCAGAAUAUCGAUGAUAACGAUAAAUAAUGGCAUGAACUCCUCCUCUCUCCUCCUCUCUCUCCUCUU